AUAUAUACUCAGGGGCGGACUGACAACUCAUGGGGCCCCCGGGCAAUAGGGGAUCAUGGGGCCCCUGUGUCCUUGCCCAAACUCAAAAAAGCCUAUGAAAAAGGUACCAGGGGCAUCUCAUGGGGCCCCCUACUGACCCCCGGCCCUCGGGCAAUGCCCGAGUUUCCAAAUGGUCAGUCCGCCCCUGUAUAUACUAUAUAUUUCCAUCAAUGAACCAUUCUACAAUGAAUCAAAAAGAAACUUCACUUAUCACUUCCCAUUGCUUCACAUAUAUUUGUUUAAUGUACAAAAUCUUCCCAUUUUCU